AUGCUCAAGACAUUGCCAUGGCUGCUAGCGGUGUCAGCUCGCAGAGUGGAAAUCUAUGAUGCUAUCAACUUCUCCAAGGCACAUGCGACGCCUGAUGCAUGCCGAGUUCUGCAUUGGCCCACUGUUCUGGGCAAUUCUCAGCAGCUGCCUGGGCCAGCAGAUGCCUUUGACAUCAUCAUGACUGAUGAUGCUCAGAUGGUCCCGUGGCUUGAAGCACAAGGAAAACUCUACUUCUUGGAGAACCGGGAUUUCGCCCUGGGCGACAUGUCGCGAGAACUGGCCCAAUUGAAAGAGGCUGCCCCCCUCGAGUGGCGAAGGGAGGGUAUGUCUGUGCUAUUGCCGGCAGUUGCCAACACAGGCUGGCUUCAGCAAGCAUUUGAAGAUGUCAAGGUCAUGAUGCCAGCGAGUUACUUUAUCGAUGACGGAACCUUCAUCACUCGAAACCGUGCCUUUGCAAACUUUACGUUUACGGCACUGCUACUUCUGGACCAAGAUACUGGGGUUCCUCCGCAGAGCCUCAUUGAUUGCAUAGCCCAUGGCACUGUGCCCAUUAUUGUGGGGAAACAUCACAAAUUGGAUUACACUCGAUAUUUUUCCUUUGCCAUCGCAAAGUUCCGAGACUUUUCAGUGGAGCAAGCGAUUUCUUUCAUGCUCACUGCACCUGCGGACGCCUUGUAUGUGUACGCCAACUCAGUCAAGAUCGUGCAAGAGUUCUUCUACAUGAGGUACAAGCAUCCCUUCCGACAAAGAUUGCAGCGUCAUGCAGCCAUGGCUUGUCAUGCACUCAGAAGCCCACAACCUCCACUUGCUUUUGUGUCUAUAUACUCUGCGAAGAAGAACUUUGGAAGACGCAUGGCGUUACGGGACACGUGGCUUCCAAUUCUCAAAGCUCAUGGUAUCCCCUACAGGUUUUUUCUUGCAGGCACUGCUGUCGAUGACAGUGAACUCGAUCACCUUUUGCGUCGCGAAAGAGAUUACUUUGAUGACAUGGUCUUCCUGAUUGGGACGACUGACGAGUAUCCCAUUGGAAAGAAGGGCUUAGCAGCUUUGCUGUGGGUGGCGCACCAUUCGGAUGCGCAGUUCUGGUUGAAAUUUGAUGACGACUUAUAUGUUCGACCGCAUUCAGUCCUGAGCCGACUCUCCGGGAUUCAGCGAGCUGAGCUGUACUGGGGUGCUUUCGAUUACAGUGGCCUGGUGAUUCGUGACGUGUCGGAUCCGCACUACACGGCGCCGGAGAUCUGGCCGGAACCGGUGUUUCCACCCUAUGCUCGGGGCGCAGGGCUGGCAAUGUCAAUGGACCUCGUUCGACUCAUUGCAGAGGAGGAGGAGAAGCGGCCUCUCAAGAAAAUCAAGGUGGAGGAUGUGUCAUACGGUUUCUAUUUGUGGCAGCUGAUUUACGACAGGGCAGUCACAUCAAUAACUCUCUAUGAUCGCGACGAACUUCAUUUUGCAAUGGACGCAAAGUGCUGUACAGAGGAAAGCCAUCCAAACAACUGCUGGCUGCCGCUCACAGCUCAAACCUGGAUUGUACACCAUGUGUCUCCAAGUGUCAUCCGCUGCAUGUUUGCAAAGGACAUAGCCUCGGGGCUAUACUUACCUGCAGAGGUUGAGACUCGCUACCUACAAGGAAUCUUGUUGGAUAUGGCGGAGUAUGACCACCAUGUGCAGAGUGCUGUUGGGAAGAUUCAGGGUGGUCAAUCGAGUCAGUCGGGACAUGGUAUGGCUGCAGAUUUGUGCGGCUGUGUUGUCACACCGCCCGCGCACCCGGGUAAGCCUCUACAGGGAGGAAGAAUGAACGAAUACAGCACCGGCCCGCGGUUGCAUUCAUAA